UUCUAGAAAUUCCUUCCAGCAGCAAGCGAACAAAUGAACAUGUGGUGCAGGUCGGAGAUCGCCAGAGCAGAAGUCAGGCAUCUUCACUGCCCCCAAAUCCCUAGCCUUCGCUCUGGGGAGUCGAUCGAUGGAGGGCGAAGAGAUUGGUUUGGUGUUGGCUCGAGCGUCUGAGCUGCGGGCCAAGGUUAGCGAUUGCAUCGACGGAAGCGGUGGCGACGCUUGUGGGCUAAUCGCGGUGGAGGAUGAAUCCGAGGGCCUUGUAGCUAUCCGCAAUGCCCUCGACUCGUUGGAGCAGCAGCUCGCGGCUUUGCAGGCGCUGCUCCAUCAACAAAGAUAUGAAAGAGAAUCUAUUUUAUCACAGAUUGAUUGCAAUCGACUAAUAUUGCUUGGCAAACUUAAAGAGUACAGAGGGGAGAAGCUGGAAGUUAUUAAUGAAGUUGCAGCAUUUGCUAGUGAAGCAGUUGAACAUGAUGAUGGCCUUUUCCUUCCUCCAUAUCCCACCCACCUUCCUGAUUUGUUUACUCUGGAUGACAUUGGUGGCAGUUCACACUUCGUGGUGAAGAAGUCAUCUAUCAAUGGACAUAUAACUAUCAACAAGAAUGAAGACAAAACAACUGAAUAUGACACUCAUAAGAAUUGCAGAAAAGCGACCUCAAAUGGAAUUGGCCAUAUCAUUGGUUUGGUUGUUAAAUCAGCAAUAACAUUUGUUAGCAUUAUAUCUAUAUUAGGUUUAGCUGGUUAUAAACCAAUGAUUAAGAAAAGAUCCAAGGGCAUUAUGCUGUCUGGUGCAGAGUCACCAAUGGACUCUCAAGUUGGCAUCCAGUGCCCCAAAGGGAAAUUUUUGGUUAUUGAAAAUGGGAAAGCGCGAUGUGUGGUGAAAGAGCGUAUAGAGGUUCCAUUUGAACCAGAUGUUACAAGCCCAACUAUAAGCUACGGAUUUGGUUGAGUUGUUGCCAGAUAUUAAGUUGCUUGCCUCAUGUCUUGUAGUAAUUUCAUAGAAUGUAUAUGUAAUAGUGUUAUACUUUCAGGAAAUUAGUGCAAUUAGGCUAUCAUUGUGAGUGGUAAAUGCGCGUUGCAACUACGCCUCAGGAUUGUACCCCCAAAAUUCUUGUGCUUUUCAGUGGAGUUUAAAUGAUAGGAGGGAGACUGAUUAUCACGGUGUGAAGCCCUGGAGUAUGAUGAAGGAUGGUGAGAUGAUGAAGCUUGCGCUGAACAAUGCCCCUCUUCAGGGAACUGCUUGGGAUGGGGAAUUGGUUCCAUGUUGAUUUGUAUGACUAAUUUCUGUUUGUGUCUACUAAAAACUUCUAGUCGUGGUGAACCAGAUAUAUAAAGAUUUUGUUUUCGUUCCAUAGUUAUAUUCACUGAUACAGCAAUUGAAGAAAGGGAUGAUUCAAUGUUACUUUCCUUUUUCUAGUUACUUGAUUCAUCCUCGUAUUGUUGUCA